GACAGAAGCCAGAAUGUCUCUGUCAAUGAAGCCUCACACCCCUCCACACAACGUCCUCCACUGCUAGUGGACUGUGCCGUGUGCACAUUCAUAACGGCAACACAGAUCACCGCGGCUGUAGUCGCCGUCGCUACUGGAGGUGUGUGACGGAGCUUUAUGGCGGAGUAUACCUUGGAUUGGCGCUGCCUGUGAUUACCCUGCGGUUAAUAAGAGAUAAAAUGAAGAUGAUGUUAGGAACUUCCUGUCAACACGAUUAAUGACGAAUCUCAGGGAUGUUAACCUUACCAUAAGACAUUCCUCAUACUCGCUGCCAAUGUCAGGAGACAGGGCUUUGGUUUGCAGCGAGGUGGACAUGGGAUACAACGCGAGCAUAUCAUCCUGGAACUUGACAGACAACGACGUCCACACUAACUCUGCAUACAUUGACAACACGACAUCAUCGGUGGCAAAGGCAAUCCCUGAAAUGCCGUUAUACAUACUGGUGACGUCCACACUUCUUUACGUCAUCAUUUUUCUCACUGGCACCAUCGGAAACAGCGUGGUUGCAGCCGUUGUUGGGCUGCGCCAGGACAUGCGUACUUCCACCAAUCUGUUCCUGGUGAACUUGGCAGUCGCGGACUUGAUGGUGAUCACUGUGUGUAUGCCCACAGCGCUCGUGGAUAUAUACGCUAAGGAUAUAUGGCAUUUCGGGGCCACAAUGUGCACUCUCGUCCCAAUGUUAGAGAACUGUGCGGCUCAUGCCUCAGUGCUGACAAUGAUGGUGAUCGCCAGUGAGAGGUUCCAGGCUAUCUGCCACCCCCUCCGCAUCAGGGACACUAAGAUCUACUCCAAGUCCAUGAAACUUUUCAUUGUGAUUUUCAUAUGGUUCAUCUCCAUGUUGACAAGCAUGCCUUUCAUCGGGAUCUCAGUGUACCGGGACUCAAGUUACUACGACGGGACUCCCAUUAAGGUUUGCAGACAGUCCAUUGUCUUACCUUGGCAGAAAGGGUACAUAGUGUGUCUGUGCGUGGUGUUCUUCACCCUGCCGUUUGUGGUGCUGGGUAUUCUAUAUCUGAUCAUAGCCCGGGCGCUUGUACGGGAGUUCCGGUUCAGUGACAAGCUGGAUGAACAGAGAUGUCACAGUAAGAACAAGGCGAGGAGGAGGGUUGUCAUAAUGUUAGUGAUAAUAACCCUUCUCUUUUUCUUCUUCCAUCUUCCCUUCAGGACGGUAGGCAUGUGGAUGAUCUUCGCCAGUCCCGCCAAGGUCAGAGCCCUGGGCUUUGAGGGGUUCUGGAAUCUGCUAUGCUUUGCCAGGAUUAUGUUCUAUCUUAACAGUUGCACUAACCCCAUUGUGUAUAGUCUCAUAUCAACUAAGUUCAGACGGGCGUUCAUCAGGACCUGCCUUGGUAAGAGACGCAGCGUGUCAAGGGAAAACACAUGCACUACGGCUGGCACACACAUCUCCCUCAAAGUAAUGCACAAGUGACUAUCUGCCUUACGUGGCCUCACGUCUUACAAGGCAAAACUGCUUCCAUCUUAUGAUAUUGAAUAACUGAGGACUGACAGCAAGGACCACGUUUGUACCCGACCGAGGAACAGUAUCAAGUUUGUGGCGACUUUGCUGCGAGACUGUGGAAAUACACAAAAAUAACAUUUCUAAGUUUUAACGUCGGGACAGAUCUCAAUACAGUAUGGCGACUUUUGAAGCGGGACAGUGUGCUGUACAUAUGUGAUGAG